AUGAACGUGAUGCAUCAGCCGUACACGCCUGGCUACCAACCAAACGUUGGCUAUAAUCAUUUUGCACAUUAUCCUCAGGCCCUUGCACCUCCACAUCACAUGCAUUUACCGCCUCCUCACCCCCAGCAACUCUAUUACCAAAAUCCAUAUCAACAUUUUCAUCCUCCACCGCCGCAUCACUAUUACAACUCGUAUCAACCUCCACAACUUCAUCCCCCCAUCUAUGGUCAGCGGCAAAUCAAUGAAUUCACUCCCCAGGCUGGCUUUUCUUCACCUGCCCAGGUGGCGACGCCUGUCGAGGCACCAGAACCUCCAAGAGUUUUCAAUCAAGAACUUGAGCCCCCUAAGGAGGUACAUGUAACAAAGGAAUCAUCUCCAGAACCUGUUCCGGAUGCUUCCCCUCGUCCCUCUCUAUCUCCGCCCUUGGACCCACAAACCGAGUCAACGCAGCCAAAGAACACUAUUCUGGAACUCGAUCACGAUACAGGAAAGGAGCCUACCGACUUUGAUCCCACCACGGCUUCCUCGUCGCGCUUCCACCUCGUCUCCUUCCAUCCUUCCCGUGCUAUCGUCGCCGAUGGACAGUCAUCCGUCUUUAUUUGGUUUCGCGUCCCUCUUCCGCCAUCUCUCGUCGAGAUGGCACUGCCUCCUCCUUCCUACAAGGAACAAAGGCACCCGAGACGGACGAGCCGCAUCCGAAAAAAGAUGCCCAGCGCCUCUCCAACUGGUAGAUUUAUUGGCUCUGCUUUACAGGCGCCAACCGUUCUGUCCAAAGAAGGCAAGCUAGCCCCACCCGAGCAAGAAUCUUCUUCUGGCGUUAGUGAGGUAGAUGGGGAAAAGGAUCACCAAGUCGCCUCUCCGGCACCAAACGGCCCCGCAAAGCCGUCUGGAAAACCCGCGACGCUUGUCAAGUCAUUCGCCUCGCUCCUGCGAGGGCCCCAAAACGACCACUCCACAAACGGAGACUCUCGUGGAAUGCAUACUACUACUAAUACUACCACUACCACUAUGGCGCCGCAGGUCCCUCUUACAGCAUCAGCUCAGAUUGGCUUUUCGAUCCCCGCUCUUUCGUCCGCUCAUAUGGAUCAAGGUGUAGCGACAUCCCUUACCCCACAUCAGCAUGCAAAUCUUCUUCACCUUCUCAAGACUGGCUCUGGACUUCAAACAACAAGAUUUGGCACUGUGGUCCCAGGGAUCCCACCACAGAUUGUUCCGCGCGGAUUGGUUAACACUGGGAAUCUUUGCUUCGCCAAUGCUAUACUCCAGGCACUUGUCUACACUCCUCCUUUUUGGAAACUUUUUAAUGACAUUGCUGCUACUGGCCUGACGGCUCAGCGGACAGGCCGAGCCGCAACGCCAAUGGUCGAUGCGACCAUCGCGUUUCUCAACGAAUUCAAGCCGGCGUUCACUCCAAUACCUGUAGAUCUUUCGGCGUUCCCAACCGCCCAGGCAGCCGCAUCAAUGUCCACCCCCAAGCCAGCAAUCAAUAAACCGACAUCAUCACGCGAUUCCAACAUCCUUCCCCGGAAUUCGUUCACCGCCUCUGAGCUCUACAACUCUCUCAAAUCCAAGCCCACAUUCGAUGGCAUGAGACUUGGGCACCAAGAAGACGCCGAGGAAUUCCUAGGCUUCUUCUUAGACGCGCUACACGAGGAGUUGUGCGGACUGCUCAACGCUCUAGGGGAUUCCGCUCAAGCGGAUGCUGUCAAAGACAGUGACCGUGACAUCGAUAAACUUGAGCCAGCGAUCGAUGUUGUACAAGAUGGUGAUGAAUGGCAAGAAGUGGGAAGGAGGAAUAGAGCCACUGUGACUCGCACAACUCAAGGCACCGAGUCGGCGAUCACUGCAAUCUUUGGUGGCAAAUUUCGCUCCCUCUUACGUGCAUCGGGACGACCCGAUUCUGCAAGUGUGGAAGAAUGGCGCUGUUUACAACUUGACAUCCAGCCCCCUCAUAUUCGUUCAAUUGAGGACGCACUCUAUGCCUUGUCAGCUGUUGAGACUGUGACGAUUCAAAGCCAUCAAGGAUAUCCUUCCGAAGCGACGAAGCAGAUGUUUGUCGAGCACCUCCCCCCAAUAUUGAUCCUGCAUCUCAAGCGCUUCAUCUAUGAUCCACAGACUGGCAUCGGUAAGUAUGGAAAACAAAUUCGGUUUGCACCUGAGCUGGAUGUACGAAGCGAAAUGCUUUCAGCUGCUUCCAAGCAUCGUCCAUUUUCUCGCAAGUACCAAUUGUACGGCGUCGUCUAUCACCACGGUCUUGCUGCUACAGGAGGACAUUACACACUCGAGGUACUGCAUCCCACCGCAAAUGCGUAUAUGCCAGCUCGCGAUCAUUCAUCCAAUUCGACCGAAGGGUGGAUGCGAUUCGAUGAUGAGACCGUCAGACUACUUACGCCUGACGAUGUCUUUGGGUCACAGGCACAGCCCACACACCAUGGAUGGGCAGGUCACGACGAGCGAGUUGCCUAUAUUCUCUUCUAUCGACGAGUUGGGAAAUAG